AUGUCUCUUAAGGGGAAAACCGCUAUAGUGACUGGAGGUUCGCGCGGGAUCGGGGCUGGCAUUGCUCACGAACUGGCCAAACGAGGCGCCAAAGUAUUGAUUACAUUUGGGUCGGCCGAGGACAGGGCACAGCAGGUGAUUGAGAGUAUCAAGGCGGCCGGGGGACAGGCCAGCUGCGUCAAGGCCGACUGUCGAUCCCUCGAGGCACCUCGAAUAGUGGUGGACGCGGCAAUGUAUGCAUUCGGCAGCGAUGGCAUCGAUAUCAUCAUCAAUAAUGCCGGCGCUGGCGACGAACUCUUUACCAAGGAUCUGACGUACGAGCAUUGGGACAAAAUGUUCCACACCAACGUUCGCUUUCCGAUGUUUCUGGUCAAGGAGUGCUUGCCGCAUCUCCAGAAAGGGGGACGGAUCAUCAACCUCUCGAGCGUCGUGGCACGCCAAGGCUGGGUCAUGCAUGCGGCCUAUGGAGCGACCAAGGCCGGUAUGGAGAGUCUGGCGCGGACUUGGGCCGUUGAACUCGGUCACAAGUAUGGGGUCACGGUGAAUUGUGUGAACCCUGGACCUGUGCAGACAGAUAUGUGGACGUAA